AUGGUUUGCAUUAAGCCCGCUGCUUUUGUACUUGCAGUUAUGGCUGCUGCAUUGCUUGCCCUGUUGUGUGAGAGCCGCUCUGCUCGGAAGGACCUUGGUCUCAACCUUGGACUUGGAGGGCUUGGAGUUGGUAUAGGCUUGGGUGCUGGAGUCGGCGUGGGUGGUUCUGGUUCGGGCUCGGGCUCAGGGUCAGGGUCAGGGUCAGGCUCCGGCUCGGGCUCAGGUUCUGGGUCAGGGUCAGGCUCGGGAUCAGGUUCUGGAUCAGGAUCAGGAGGUCUAGGUCUUGGACUGGGUGUCGGAGUUGGCGUUGGUCUAGGUGGUGGUGGCGGCGGCUCUAGCUCCUCUUCCGGAUCGGGUUCGGCAUCUGCCUCUGGCUCGGGAUCAACUUCAGGUUCUUCUGGAUCAGCAUCGGCUUCAGGGUCAGGCUCCGCUUCAGCCUCGGGAGGGGGCGGGCUUGGGCUUGGGCUCGGGCUUGGACUUGGUGUCGGAUUAGGCGGUGGUGGCUCUAGCUCGAGUUCAGGGGCAGGCUCUGCUGCGGCUUCUGGCGCUGGGUCCAGGAGUGGUUCAAGCGCUGGAUCUUCAGCCAGAUCAAGUGCGGAGUCUUCUACAGGAUCCAAUGCUGGGUCAUUUGCUGGCUCUAGUGCAGGAUCUGGUGCAACAUCAGGUGCUGGGUUGAAUGCAGGUUCAAGUGCGGGGUCUAGUGCAGGCUCUAGUGCUGGAUCAAGUGCAGGCUCCCAUGCCGGAAGCGUGCAAGGCCGCCAUUGAUGGUGAGGGCAAUUCGAAAUGGUCACAUGCAGUGGGGUGACAAAACUCUCGUUAGAUUAAUUUUCGGAUAAUUAUGGAAACUGGUGUACGUAGUAGUGAAUAAAGGAUCCUAGAUGAAUCUUAAAUGUUUGUGGUUUCACUGUUCCGAAAUUCAAUUCUCAUGCUUAGCAAGUUAGCAAGCUCUCCCAUCCAUGAUGUAUCAGCAUUAACUUCAACGCUGAAAUUGUAUCCUUACUCUAGCUAGCAAAGCUCAAGUCAAGCUCGAUGUUCUGAAAUAAAUAAAUAAAUAAAGCGCAAGUGAAGCAUAUGAGGAGAAUGUACGCUGCCCACCUAUUGACUGGAAGUAAUGCCGGAUAGUAGUAAUGAUGUA